CACAGAAAGAAAAAGAAAAAUAGAAAGCAGAGUAGUGCGAUUGUGAGAGCGCAAGAGGAGGAACUGAUCUCGAGUCUCGACUCUGCUGUAGAUUUCUCCGAUUCUGAAAGGGUUUGCUAAACCAUGGUUAGCCUCACUGACAACUACGAACUACAAUGUGUGCGAUGGGACUGCCAAAGACAGCCUGAGAGAACUUUAGAAUACUGUAGCGAGGGUUGCCUAGAGAUGGCUAAUUCGGAUUCACAAUCCAAAAUUCCGUUUGUUCUGGCAAACUGUUACGCAUCGGUUACUGAAUUUUCACCUGUUGCUGCCAAGAUUCUCAACUUGCUCAAGGCUGAAAAGGAGAGCGGAGUUCCUCGCCCCUCUCAAGAGUUGUUUUGCACCCCACCUUGGCGGUCAAGUAAGUUCAAGUUUGUGUUUUCUAGUAGGGAAGAGUUCUGCCAGUGGUUGUUCAUUGGAUCGCAUCAGAUUCCUGUAGCUUCUGAAUUCAAAUGGGUUCAAGGACGCAGCAGGAUGAUCGGUGGAAUCAUGCAUUGUGUGCUGAAGCCUUCUCCAAGGGAAGACAGCAGAUGGAAACUCCACCAGUAUUCAAGGCCAGAUGUGAUGGGAAAAGCAGUGUAUGUGAUGCAUUGCAACAAGAACUGACACACCAUUAUCAGCAGCGUAGGAAGAUGAGGAAACUGAUUGAUUCAAGUGGCGGUUGUAGUCUGGAAAUAGAAGGUGAAACUGGAGAGUGGUUCUUAAGAGUAUGUGACACCACGCUUUUACUCUAUGGAAUCCGUAAAACUGGAGAGUGGUUCUUUAGACUGUUAGUAUAUGGUUCUUAGAGUAAAUGUUAGUAUAUGGUUAGAUUGUUAUUGUAUUGUAAUGAUGAAUGGAUUGCUUUAUUAGCUGAUAGACUGAGUACUUGGAUUGGUGUUUCUCUCUGUUUCUUAUCACAUCAUAAUUGGCUACUUAUUAUCUUGAUGCCUUGCAUAAGGCGUGAGAUGGCGAAUUGUUUGAAAAGAUGUAUUGACGAUUAUGAUGGGGACUAGAAUACUUUAUUGUUCAAAAUGA